GAGCCGACUCUCCGCCGCCCGGAGCUCAUCUCCAAACCACCAAAUCACAUCUCUGACCCGGGACGCUCCAAACUGUCAGCAUCAAACUUCUUCACUUUACUUUUAAAGUCUUGAAGCGGAUGCAGAGAUUACAUGAAGAUUUGAGCGGACUCAGCUGGAUGGAUUCUCUCUCUGUUUUUUUCUGGUGCGUAAAACUUCGCCAAGUAGGUUAGUGGAGGAACCGGAGAGAGUUUUUGGACAUACAGCGCAGCGGGUUUGGAGUGUGUGUGAGUGUGUGUGAAAAGUUGCUGAGAGCUCGGAGAGAGUUUGAUCCAAUGCGUCCGGAGCGGCCGGUUCAACAGCAGGAACACCGAGAGGAGAAAUACCGAGAGAGAGAAGGAGAAGGAGGAGAAAGGAGCUGAGAUCAGCGGGGUCUGCAGGGACUCACCGGCUGCUGGACGUACAUGUCUCCGCUCCCCACCGGCACCGAGGUUUCUACUCCCUGUGACAUCAUCGCACCAUGCCUGAGGGGUCACGGCGUGGCAGCCAGAGAUCGCCUAGCAACACAGCCGCCAAGCGUCCCUCCUCAGUCUCGUCUCUGAGUGGGAUUGUGGGUAGGAUGAUGUCGUCCGGCGAUCGAGGAGCCUCGUCCUCGUCCUGCACCUCCGUCAACACCGUCUGCUCGGACAGCGAGCGGCCCGCCUCCCUCUCCCUCUCCUCCUCUGCUUCAUCCGUCUCCCUGCAGGACACCUCCCACUCCUCCUCUUCCUCCUCCUCCUCUUCCUCUCUGCCAUACGGCGCCGUGCCGACCUACAACGCCUCUUCAUCGUCCUCGUCGUCCUCCACGCCAAAGAGGAACGGCUCCGACAUCAGCCUGGACCUCACACCCCUCGUCACGCCACAUGGAGGAGGAGUCCCUGCAGGAGGAGGCGGCAUCUGUGUUGCCAAGGUGACAGGUGGAGGUCACCCCCCGAAUGGAGAUGUAGCCAAGAUGGUGGCAGCGGUGGCCACGCCCAGACAGCUUUCGCGGCUGGAGCGAGUUGUUCUGGAGAUCGUAGAGACCGAACAAGCCUACGUCAGAGAUCUGAAGAGCAUCGUGGAGGAUUAUCUGGGCUGUAUCAUCGACUGCGGCUCUCUGCCUCUGAAACCGGAGCAGGUCAGCACGUUGUUCUGCAACAUCGAGGACAUCUACGAGUUCAACAGUGAUCUCCUGGAGGAUUUAGAGAGGAGUCCUCACGCUGCCGCCAUCGCAGAGUGCUUCGUGGAACGGAGUGAAGCCUUCGACAUCUACACACUCUACUGCAUGAACUACCCCAACUCGGUGGCGGUGCUGAGGGACUGUAUGAAAAACAAAAGUCUGGUUCAUUUCUUCCAGGAGAGACAGACGACUCUGAACCAUUCUUUACCUCUGGAGACGUACCUGCUCAAACCAGUGCAGAGGAUUCUCAAAUACCACCUGCUACUACAGGAACUUUCAAAGCACUUUGACAAGAGCGACCCUGGAUAUGAGGUCAUUGAGGACGCCAUCAUCACCAUGACAGCGGUGGCCUGGUACAUCAACGACAUGAAGAGGAAACAGGAACACGCAGUACGACUGCAGGAGAUUGAGUCCCUGCUGGUGAACUGGAGCGGGCCGGACCUCAGCGGGUUUGGAGAGCUGGUUCUAGAAGGUUCCUUCAAGGUCCACAGAGUGAAGAAGGAGAGGGCGUUCUUCCUGUUUGACAAGAUGCUGCUGAUCGCCAAGAAGAGGCUGGAGCAGUUCGUCUACAGCACCCAUAUAUUUUGUUGUAAUCUGCUGCUGGUGGAGAAUCUGAAGGAUUCUUUGUGCUUCAGAGUGUCGGAUCAGACGAUUCCCAAACAGCAGCACAUUGUCCAGACAAAGAACCAGGAGGAGAAGAGGCUGUGGGUGCACUACCUCAAAAGACUGAUCGUAGAGAAUCAUCCUGCUUCUCUCCCACAGAAGGAGAUUGAGUCCCUGCUGGUGAACUGGAGCGGGCCGGACCUCAGCGGGUUUGGAGAGCUGGUUCUAGAAGGUUCCUUCAAGGUCCACAGAGUGAAGAAGGAGAGGGCGUUCUUCCUGUUUGACAAGAUGCUGCUGAUCGCCAAGAAGAGGCUGGAGCAGUUCGUCUACAGCACCCAUAUAUUUUGUUGUAAUCUGCUGCUGGUGGAGAAUCUGAAGGAUUCUUUGUGCUUCAGAGUGUCGGAUCAGACGAUUCCCAAACAGCAGCACAUUGUCCAGACAAAGAACCAGGAGGAGAAGAGGCUGUGGGUGCACUACCUCAAAAGACUGAUCGUAGAGAAUCAUCCUGCUUCUCUCCCACAGAAGGCGAGGCAGGUCCUGGGAGACAACUUCUGUCAAUCUCCUCAGUUUGACCAGGACAACCUGAAGAAGUCCUCCGCAUCGCCUCGACUGGACGAUAUCCACGGCUAUCACAGAGGCAGACGUCAGUCAGGUCAGGAGCCUCCAGAGCUGCUGAUGUACACGCCUGAGAAGUCCAGGAAGAGUCUGCCGCUGCUGCUGGAGGGAAACCUGCCGUACAGACGCACCAGGAGACAGUCAGCUCCGGCAAAAGACAUCGAAGCAGCAUUUCAUCCCAACGGUGAGAAUCAGGCGGGCAGUGAGGGUGAGCUGUGCCAGGCGGACAGUCUGGGCUCAGCUGGCAGCAGCAGCACGCUCGCAUCCUCCGUCAUCGAGGUGGAGGCAGAGAGGAACGAACCAGGCCUGACGACACAGCUGCGACCAAGCCAAGAGGAAGAGGAAGAGGAUGAAGAGGAGCUGAGCCCCCUCAGCCCUCCCCCCACCCUGUCCAUCACCGAAGAGAUCCUGGAGUUCAUCAACCAGAGCAGAGCUAGAGAGGGACUGACCGCCAUUCACACUGGCACAACGGAGCAGGUCCUGGAUCAGCCCAAAGAGAGCCAGCCACCAUCUAACCAGACCAACUUCACCUGCCCACUGCCCCCAGCCGCCUGCCCCUCCAGCCCAGAACAAGGAUCCACGAUGCAACUGGAGCAGGAAGGAGCAGAGAAGGAGAACGAAAGCCCUCUCCAGAGUCAGACAGGUGGCUCUGGGGAGGAGAACAAACCUGAAAAUGAGACAAUUACAAACGAAGUCCAGGAAAUUCCAGAUGCAACAAGUCAAGUGGAAAAGGGAGUGGAAGCGGACGUAGAGACACAAGGAGAAGUGGUAGAAAAACAGAAAGAAGAGGAGAAAAGAAGGGAUGAAGGAGAAGGAGAAGGCAUCAUCCCUGCCCCGACAUCACAUCAUCAUCCCUCCAUCUCAGCAGAGGAAGAAAGAGAAAACAGCAGCAGCUGUCAGUCAACUAAAGAAGAGGUGAACACGGAGGUCAUGACUUCCUCCUCAAAUCAAGAUCUUCCUCAACACCCCAUUCAGAGAUGCCAGCCAACAAGAGGCUCCCACCUAACCAAGCGUGACAAGAAGAUCAUCGAAAAGAUCAGGAGUUAUUACGAGGCAGCAGCCGAGGCUGAAGAGGACGUGGCAGAGGAGGAAGAUGAACAGGAAGAGGGAGCAGCAUCAAGGAGGAGAAACAGUUUCUCUCAAAUCCCAUCUGGCUUGGUAAAGGAGUCAGUAUCACGCUUUGAUGUUAGCGGGCACCCGGGGGAGCCAGAGAGUGGAAGAAGCAAGUAUGACACAAGUGAAGCGAUCGAUACAGUGACUGAUCGAGAGACAGAGCCCUGUUCCCCAACUGGUCCCAUCUCUUCACCUACCCUGCUCCCAGUAGAUGCAGAGAAUGAUGGACAGGCAGAUGAGCCAAUCAGCUCGUUGGAUUUUGAUGCAGAGUCCCCAAUCUCACCACCCUCAACUGUGACACAGGACAAGGAGACCCCAAACCAAGUGGGUCUGGAUCUACAGUUGAAUCCAAAAGAGCCUGAUGGAAAAGAGGCUGAGAUACAGAACAAAAAUGUGAAAGUUUGCAAAGGACCAUCGGAGCAAAGACAGGAUGAAAAACAGGAAGGGAAGACAAGUGUUGUGGCUACUAGGGAGCAUGGUGGAAACUCUCUGCAAGGAGAGGAGCCAACUAUUACAAAACAGUCCAAGAACCAAGAUGAAAUACUCAAAAGCAGUGCUGGAAACCAGGUUGUUAUUAAUGGGCAAGAACCCAGCCAAGAAGGCCCAGCAGAACCAAAUGGAAGCCACAAGGAAACCCCUGCACCUCAGCCACCUGCAGAGCAAUGUCAAAAAAAUGAGGCCAAAACUCACUCCAACUGGACAAAAACCAAACAAGCCAAGACCAGCGGGAACCUUGAGGGUCUUCCUAGUCAGAUAAAAGUGGGCCGAUGGUCCCGCCACUCCAGGAUCGUCACCUCUAACCGGGUCUUGUUUGAGAGCAUGGGAUCAGAUGUCGCUGGUAUUGGGUUAUUUGAGGCCAGCCCUGUGGCGGACCCCAUGCUAAUGGAAAACUCAGAGCGUAUUCUGAGCAAGGUCCAAACAUUGGCCCGGAUGUACAGUGCCAAAGCCAGCACCAUGAAGGUCCCACUGCAUCAGAAGCGGGCCAGCGCUUUAUGGAACCAGUCAUGGGGCUCAGGUCGACUUUCUGGACACUCAACUCAGACCCAAACGGAAAGCCAGUCAGGUCAGACCCAAAUACAGACCUCAACUAAGUACCGGCAGCAAACACAGUACCAGAUGGAAGUCAGUCAAUCUGAGAUCCACUCACAGACCAAAUAUGGAACCCAAACUCACUCCGAGACCAAAGUUCAGAGACAAACUAUAACACAAAUGAGGCAGCAGUCGCAGAUCCAAACCAAAAGCCAGAUGUGGAGUCAGACACAGUACCAAAGCCAGAACCAGACCAGGGCUUACAGCCAGGACCAGACCCAAACCAUGAGCCGGAAGGACCAAACGAUGAUCAAAAGAGCAGAGUGCCUGACAAAUGAUUUCCAGGAGACACCGAUUUCCCCCUGUGAGCCUCUGAUGUUUGGUCACGUGUAUGUCAAAGAGCAGUCGACCCCAGCUUGUCACCAGACAAAUGGAUUCACCCUCUCCAGGCCCAGGGACUUCAUCUCUGCCUUGUCCAAAGAAAAAGACUCCAGUGUGGGUUGUAGAUCAGGUGACAAUUCCCAGAUUUCCACAAUGCCUGUUGAAAAUCCACCCACUUCACUGAAAGACCAGUUAUCCACUCAGCCCCAGGCAAACAGCUUCAACCCCAGGCACACCUCCACUGACAUGUCAUCGGCCUCUACAGCAUCCAGACAUCACCUCAGAACACAACCUGAAGAUCAGAGCUCCAGUUUGUGCUGCUCUUCCAGUAACAGCACCUUGACGUCAACCAUGAACGGGGAGGUUUAUUCAGACACUGAAGAGACAGAGAGAAGAGACAGGUCAGAGCUGAGUGGUCGACGCCCUGUUUACUCAGUCAGAGAGGAGACUGUAAACAUCAUGACCCAGCCAGCAUGCUCACGGCCAAACAUCUGUGCUCACAGCAUACCACAGUGGGAAAUCUCCAAAGAUGGACAUGAGCAGUACAAAUAUAAGCAGAAUUUACCAGCUGCCCAAGAUAAACAUGCAUCAGAGCACAAAAUUUCCACAGGACAUACUGACAGCAGAGAUAUGUUAACCAAAGAUGUGCAGAGUGUUCAUGCAGGGCCUGAAUACUUGGUUUGCACAGGACCCGUGGAUGGAGAGGCAUCCCCAGGAGACCUGGUACUGAUGGUAGCAUCUACACAGAUGCAGGCUCCUUCAGAAUACCACAGGUCCACAGUGCCUCACCCAGGACUCGCUGGAGAGCAGUCCCAGAGGGUAACACUUAACCUGGCAGAGGGAGGCACCAACGCGCCGGGGGUCUCUGUAGGGUCAACGAGAGAUGCGAGCGAGCAGAUGAAAUUCAAUGAGACACAGUAUGAUUCUUUAUCUCAGCCCAGGAUGAUCCUACAAGGUUCAGCAGUGAUCUUUACAGAAGAGACACCUUAUUACAGAUCCCCAGGGGAAUUGGUUGUUCCACCAAACCUGAGUCAGCCUUUGCACUUGACCUUUGACCUCUCACAGGUUUCUGGUCAUACAGUCACAGAAACCCCAGAGGAUCACAAAGCAAGAGCACCAAGUCCGUGGUCAUCAGUUCAGAACUCAGAAUCAAAUCCUCCCCGACCACGUCCUCCAUCUGUGCAGUCCGUAGACCGUCUACCAACAUUCACCAGCCAGAGACCGCAGGACUUACCCUCUGCACUGGGGACACAGGCUCCGUCUAACACCAGAAAAACAGCUGCGAUAUCAGGCAUUGUAGGCUGCAUCAAUCCCCCAAAAACCUGUGAAAUCCAUGAGGGAGUUGGAAGGACUUGCUGUCAGACAAGACAAGACAUUUUUAGGGAAUCAGACCAGCAGGGUUCACGAUGCCUCCCUUCAGGCAGCCGCCCAUCUUUUCGAACCUCGUCAGAGACAUCCAGCCUGAUGGAGAGACCUAACCCAGCCUUCGUCACCCCUGGCCUGGACACAGACCUCACCACAGCCUCUUCAGCCUUUAGACCCAGCCUUAGACACCGCUCCCCUUCCCCUGUCAAAGCUCCUCCCACCUCCUCCUCCUCUGUCCGAGCACCUCCCUGCUCCUCACCGUUCAGGGGUGCUCCAGCAUCUUCUGCCACCACUGUAUCUGCUGAGGAUACCUCCCUGAACACUAUCUCCAGGGCUCUUCCCCGUUUCUCUCCUAUUCCUUCUUCUGGGAGGGGUACCUCGAUGCAAGCUCCCCCUGCCUCUUCUUCUUCACCCUCCCCUGCUUCCUCUUCCUCUUCUUCUGGGAGGUCUUCAUCCAUGAGAGCAGGUCCUCCUUCUUCCCCUACACCGUCUUCUUCUCUCCGCUCUCCUCCAUGCUCUUCCCCCGUCGCUUCUUCUUCUGCGUUCACCAGAUCUUUAGCUGCCUCCUGUAUUAGCCAGUCCAUCAGUCAGAGUAUGGCAAAAAAGAACAAUGCCCCGCAACAAGCCCCGCCUGCAAACACAGUAAACCAAACCCCCUCCCCCAUGUCUUCCUUACCCUCCUCUCAUCUACGACGGCGAUCGCCUUCACCCAAACUCCCUCCCAGUCAGCAUCCAGUCCAUUCCCCGUCUAUGAGUCUACCCCAUCAUCAGCCCUCUUCCCCUUCCCCUCGUCCCUCAUUCCUUCACUCCAAAACUGAUUCAUCACAGAAUGCAAACAACAACAACAAUAACAACGUUAGCUUAGCGAUUAGCAGUGUAAGUAAUAACCAUGCCAUCAGUAAUGGGGGUUGGUCAGUAAGUCCACAGAGGGCGCUGCUAGCUAAUGGUAGCACCAACGCCACAGAUCCUCUCUGGUCGGGGUCACACAACCGUGUAGCUCGGCCCUUUUCUGCGUCCGAACCCAGCUCACGAGUUCAGUCCCCAUCUCCCUCUCCAACCCCUGCCUCCUUCACUCGCCUCUGCUCCCCACCUCCUCAACAUAAUUACUCCUCCCCCAUGGCUAACAAACCUCCCCACCCUCGGGGCACGCGUCUAGGAAGUGCGAGUUCUCAUAACCCACUAGGCCUAACUUUGGAGCUACCCAAGACCUCUUCAGCAAGUUCAGCUUUUGGGCAGUCUUCCUCAAGUCUGAGCCCUCAGAUACUCUCCCCACCUCCUAUUGGCGUGUCAGUGAAUGUUUGGGCAAAUAACGUUGCAGCACCUCAACCUAGGAACCCUAGACUUGCUUCCUCCUCUGCAUCUCCUUCCUUUUCUUCCUCGAUAGGCUCGCCAACACUGGAGAACGCAUCUUUCCCCUCUUCCUCUUGUUUUGUGGUCCCACUGCGUAGUUCCAGAGGCUCCUCCCCUUCCGCACCGUGUCCUCCUGCAACCUCCCAAACCCUCCGUAGGUCUUUCUCCUCCAACCUGGCGGACAGACCCCCUAGCCCGUCCCGGAACAACACUAGUGGGCUCCGCCGCUCAUGGGCAGAUAGCAGUCGCAGGUCCCUUGGUUUUGGUGGUAGUGGUCGAGGGUCCUUUGACCAGCAGGAGUCCUGUCCAACCAGUCCAAGGAGUGGGUGGUCCUCGUACGGCAGCUCACCUUCCUGCCUCAGCCCUCGAGGCGGGCUUCAGUCCCCACUCUCACCUAGCAAGCUUACCCCAGGGAAGGGCACCAUUGGUGGGCAGCAUUUCACCAGCGUGCCCUGGCCAGAUGUACGAGAGCUUUCAAACAAAUAUAAGGGAACUGAUAGCCUUGAUGCAAGUGCUACGUCCACUAUCAUUGCCUCCUCUCCUUCUCCUCUCUCCUCGCUCUCGCACACGCUCCUCUCCUCUCCUGUUUCAUCACACAGCCAGACAGAGUGGGAGGACCCAGAGCUAGAGGAGGGGAAUUGUCGCAGCCAGCUGAUCUGCGCCUACGUUGCCCGGCCCUCAUGUGAACAAAACCUCUCCUCCUCAUGCAUGGUCCUCUCCUCUUCUGGCAUUACCUCUCCUCUGACUGCCCCCUACCAGCACCACAAUUGCCAAUCCACAACACCUCCUGCACCCUCAAUCCCUUCGCCCUUGCCCCCAUGCUCAUCACCACUACCCUUUGCCCAUUCAUCUCCUACCAAACAGGGGAACCAGAAGACCAGCUAUGCCACCACAGUCAACCUCCAGAUUGCUGGAAGUGGUCGAAUAACCUCCUUCAGCACCGCCCAAGUUAGCCUGACCCAAACCCUGCAGGGUGGAGCAGGAGCUGGAGGACCAGGACAGGGGCAGAUGGCAAGGAGAGUGAGCAUCAAUGGACUUUCACAUCUUCCUCCCCCUCUUUCUCAGAAUUGUAACAGACUAUGAAAAAAAUAAAGAUCUUACAUGGAAUUACAAGACAAGAAGGGCCAACAAAAAAGUAAUGGAGAGAACAAGGCAUUACAGAAGAUGUGCACUUGUUAAUUUAUGGCCAGGACACAUUAGAAGUGUAACUGGUGGUUUCAGUGGCCAGUAGAUGGCACAGACCUCCAGAGCUGUACCCUGGCUUGAUGGAGACCAUGAGACCCUCAUAAAUUCAUGCUGAAAUGAUCUUUCUCCAGUAGCAAAACAUGGGGUACUUCAACUUGGGGAUAAGUUGACAUCCAUGGGACAUGAUGAAUGUUGUCAACCCUAUUUGACACUGAUUCCUCUCAGCGUGGUGGGAGGCGUUGAGGUUUAGAUGUAAUGCAGACGACGCAUUGAAUCAUCUGGAAGAGCUUUAUGAACAGAUGACCUUUUAGGAAUGGAAAUUCUACCUGCACAUUGCUCGCAUUUUUCAAUCUGGGCUAAGACUUUGAAUGGAUGCUAAUGGAAUUGUUUUAAAGAUCUUAAUAUUGUAAAAAGUAAAGAAAUUCUGUUGCCAUCAGUCGAAAUGUAUAACGUGGCUGUGAUCGUGCUGGAUGAGCACCCAAAAUCCCUGAAUGUCCACAGCUGGAUGUGAUAAAUUUGUGGAUCUGGCAACCAAAAAUUAGGAUCACACGGCUGGUCUUGCAUCAUUUAGCGGUCUGAAUUCUCUUUGUUGUAUUUUCCCUUCUGAGCGGCUCUGGACUUUCUGUGGAUGUGAUGACAUCUUGGAGGAACAAUUCAUUCUACAUUCUUUUGUAACAGACGGUUAAAUCAGUAACUUUUAGCAUGUGUUGAGCUGGGCUACAUCCAAUUCUGCUGAUCCUGCAGCUGCAGACGCAUUGAAGGUCGAGUGUCCAACCAGUGCUGUAUGCAAUCACAGUUACUUAAUGUUUUAUUUCUUUUUCUUUUAUAUUGUGUUGAACAAACAUCAUGUCAUGUCAUGUCAGGCUCUCUGAGGCCAGUGUUUAAGGUUGGUGAUUACUGUGGUUAUUAAUAAUCUAUCUUUUUAACCAUUAUAUUAUUCUUUUUUUUAUUAUUUUAUUGUUUAUUUAUGAAGUUAGUCUUAUUCUCUUUGGCACUUAUUAUCCUUAAAGUAAUGUUGGUAUUUUGCACAGUGUCCUCAGCUCUUGGGUGCAUGCAUCAAGUGUGUGUGUGUGCGUGUGCGUGCGUGCGUGUGUGUGUGUGUGUGUGUGUGUGUGUGUGUGUGUGUGCACGUGUGUGUGUGUGUGUGUGUGUGUCUGAAAAUGACGCGUCUGGUAAGUUCUGCUUUAACUUCAGACCAGGCCAAUACCUGUGUGUUUUUAAUGAUGACUUUGUUCCCAUGUUGAUAUGUUCAGUCGGUUCGGUCUCUCCUGUCGUCAGUGCCCUUUAGAAACCUUGCAUCUUGAGCUUCAGUAAAUUUUCAAAAGUACAGAGAGCCGGUUAGGUGGAAAAUGCUGCAUGACCUCUGCACACAGGGGACAACUGACACUUUUGAAAUGUUUACAAUCGGUGAUUAAAGCAGAAGGCUCGUGGUUUUCAUUUGGUCUGGUUGUCAAUUAAAUCAUUCCUAGCUUUUUUGAGAGGCUGAUGAGUCAACACUGAAUUUUCGGGAACUGCCCAUUAGUUCGACAGCCCAUUGGUUCGACAGCCCAUUGUUCCGACCAUAUUAAACUCAUUGUUCCGAAGUCCGUUCCGAAAUCAUCAUGAUGCCCUGUGGUUAAGGUCUGGUUAGGUUUAGGUACAAAAACCACUUGGUUAGGGUCAGGAAAAGAUCAUGGUGUGGGUUAAAAUAAAAAAGAAAGUGACAAACACAUAAGCCGUGAGCCUGCUCCGCCUCAAGCCGGUCGCGGCGCACCAUACGCCCGCCGCGAGCCGUUCAACACCGCGGACAGUCGGACUAAUGGGAUGUCGAACCAAUGGGCUGUCGAACCAAUGACAUGGACCCGAAUUUUCUACCAAAUUUAACACCCACGGCUUACAGUUCUGGUGAUGAGCACAGCUUAGAAAAUGCUUCCAGCGACUAUGUGUACAUGCACACUAUGAUUCAGAAUUGGCAAUACUCCAAAUUCAUCAUGUGUCAUGGGAACAGCAUAUUCCAUCUGGAUAUUCCAAAUUAGGCCUUUUUCUGAAUGUAGCAUUUUCCAAAUGAGACAUGUAGGAUGUGCUGGUAUUUUUGGGGUGUCGGGAGCAUUCUUUGCGCAUGCAUGCAGUGCAUUUGGAAUAUGCAUCUCAAAGUUUGUGACACACAGCCUCUUGCCUCUUUAUGCUCAGCUCUGUCUUGUAGACAAACCAGCUCACCAACAGUUUGCAAGGCUGGGAUCUGGCUGCUCUCAUGCACUGUUUGUACGUACAGUAUACCUACGAGAGGCAAUGCCCCAGAUUUCGUAUAUAACCUACGUAAUCAUGUAGGCUGCGAUCACAUGACCAAUGCACUCACAGGAGGAAGGAAGGAAGUGGUUUAAAGAGCAAAACGGGGUGUAAGGAAGCAGCCUGGAUGAGACUGACUCUGCACGAGACUGGUGCGUGUGUCCCGUGUGAAAGCAAGUGAACUUCAAGUUAUUUAGGCACGUUGUCACCAGGUUUCUUUUCCUAAAACAAAUCUAUGCAACUUUACAUUAAUUAUGUAAUUUUACAAUUAUAAUGUUAUGUCACGAUACCCAACCAUGUUUCUUUUCUUAAACCCAACCUAUGUAACUUUACGUACGUUAAGUACGUAACGUGACCAUGUCCAACUGUUUCUUUUUCUAAACCUAACCUACACAGAUUUAUAUUAAUUAAAUCAUUUUACUUUUACUACGUGAUGUGACGAUGCCCAACGAUGUUUCUUUUUUCUAAAACUAACCUCUGCAAAUUUACGUUAAAUACAUCAUUUUGCGUUAUGUAUGUAGCAUGACGACAUCAAAUCAUGGAUUUUUUUCUAAACUCAGACUAUGUAACUAUAUUUACCUAAACCUAAGCUACUCAGCUUUACGUUAAAUAUAUAAUUUAAUGUUUAGUACAUAACUUGACGACGUCAAAUCGUGUGUCUCUUUUUCUAAACCCAACCUACGUAACUAAACCUAACCCACGCUACUUUAUGAUAAGUACGUAACUUUACAUUAAGCAUGUAAGGUGAUGAUGCCCAAAUAUGUUUCAUUUUCUAGACCUAAUCUAUGUAACUUUAUAUUGAUUGUGUAAUUUUAUGUUUAGUUCGUAACGUGACAAUGUCCAGCUAUGUUUCAUUUCCUAAACCUAACCUACAUAACUUCAUAUUCAAAACAUAAUUUUACGUGAAGUACGUCAUGUGACCACACCCAACCACGUUUCUUUUUCUAAACCUAACCUAAGCAACUUUAUGUUAAUUAUGCAGAUUAAAGUUAAGUACGCAACGUGAUGACGCUCAACCAUCUUUCCCUCCCUAAUCUAAUCUAUGUAACCUUAUUUUCCAAAAUCUAACCUCCAUAACUUAAGUAUGUAACUUCAUGUUAAGUACGUAACAUAAUGAUGCCCAACCAUGUUUCUUUUCCUAAACCCAACCUACAUAAAUUCAUGUCAAGUAUGUGGUGUGAUGACGUCACUCAUGGAGCACUAAUUCGUUAGACGUCAUAUAAACCAUUGUAUGAGUAAACGCUGUAGCCGUAGAAAUCUACGCCCGAGAGAAAAGCCUACAUUCCUGGUUGAAAGGGCAAACAUGCCUACUUUUAAACAUUAUGAAAACUUGGAUAUAAACAGACCUUUGGAUUUGCACAAAUAUCACAACAGACCUUUUCGAGAACGUGGUUGAAGAAGUGAAACAGGGAAUCAGCUGCCUGUAGAAAACUUUGGAAAAAAUCCUAUUUUAAUGUGAAAUUAAGCAAAACUGCAGAGGCGACUCAGCUGUUCCACUUUUCCAUAUUUUGACAUAAUGUUAGAGCCUGUUAAUCGGAGUAUGCACGGCUGCUUUUAAACAGGAAUGUUAGUGGAAUAUUCAUUUUCAUUAGCCAAGUGAACAGAUUAGUAGAAAGUUGUUUUUUUCGGAAUAUGGGCAAAAACAGGAAUUUUUUGUGCAUGUAAACAUAGUCGCUAUCUCUUAUGUCUAGGAUAUGUUGUUAAUUGAUUGAGUGAUCUGUUUUUAUGUAUUGAGUGUAUGUUUUUUAGUAUGGACCUUGAGUCAGAUAAUAAUAAUAAACUGAAACUGAUAGUCAGUGAUAGAAAGUAAAGUAUUUAAAAAAUUAAACUAGUGGUUACAAUUGAAAUGAAAAUGUCAAAUAUUAGAAAAAAUAAAGAGAUGUGUGAUUUCUGCAGGGCACUGGUGACAAACUGGAGAGAACAUAAUGUUUUUGGGAACUGGUGAAAAGGGAAAUAUUAACUAAAUCUUCAUCCGGUAACCCUCAUAGCGUCAGUGAGAUGUACGGAAAAUAAAGGUAUG